CUGUUGUAACACCGUAGCACUUCAACACUCCAGGAAGACGGGAAUGAGAAGUACAGGGGAGGGAGGAAAAAACAACAAAGUGGCUGGAAAACAGUGUUGUGUUUUCUUGCAGACGUCACAGCCCGACCACAGACGGCAGAAGUAGGAAUAGGAUCAUACCAAGACAGGACAGAGAAGUUCAAUCUGACACAUCAAAAUAUACAACAUUACAGCAAAAGGACAAAGUUGAUUCCCGAGGCGACUCGUUAGGGGAUAUCUGAAUAAUAAUAAAUAUUAUGUAUGCAUCGUGACCAGUCACUGCCAUAAAGGGUCCGGGCUGAAAACAAGGGACUGUUUAUGGUUUUCCGUUCUUCUCCCUCUCUUUCUCUCCAACAAAUCGGCGGAGGGUUUGCGCACACCCGGGAGGCGCCGCUGACUGACGGCAGGAGGAAUGAAAGUUUGCCAGGCGGGCGGAAUUUUAUUCGACGUAAACACGUCUUGUUUUUGACACCAGGACUGCAUAUUUCAAUCCUAUACACAACGUGGAGACUUUAAAAACUGUGGACAUUAACUAAGCCGAGCAGUGAGGUCGAAAUCAACACAGAAAUCCUGUUUAAGGCGUGUGCGUGGGUUGCGCCGUAACACACGGCUGUGGCAGAUUGACGCGGAUAUCACGAGCGCCGCUGUUUAGGAGCUCGGCUUCUGAUUUAUCACUUUAUUUGCCUAUUUAGUGAUUUAUACGGCUCGUGUAUAUAUUAAUCUACUGUUUUUGACUGAGGUAGGCUUGGCUUAAUUUACGCAGUGCUGCCAAAAUGAGUGUAGAGACGGAGCGCAGGGUGGCAGAUCUGAUUCAAGCUCGUGUAAAUGUUGCCAUGCAGUCUUCAGGAUUAUAGACUCAAUCUCAACCUUUUUCAUCGAUUAAUGCUCGCUAGGCAUUUCUCGGUCGUCUCCGGCUAACAAUCACUCGAAGAACCGGAUCGCUUGGCCUUAAAGAACCUUUUGUUCUCCAGUAAAGAAGAAACAAACAUUUUAUGGUCAGAAAUCCUGCAGCUGUUGUCGGUUAAACGGGUCGCGGCGGAGACGAGCCAAAUGUUUCUCCGGGAACCUCACAAGUUUUUCUGAACUGUCCCUUGAAAUAAACAUUGUGAUCAAAUAAUAGCGCAGUCGUAGCUGCACUUUUGAAUCUGCUAAAGAAAACCUGUAAAAAUGUCAGAAAACGCACCUACUCGGAGUCUGGAUGACAUCGACCUGGGCGCCCUGCGGGACCCAGCAGGAAUCUUCGAGCUGGUGGAGGUCGUGGGUAACGGCACCUAUGGACAAGUGUACAAGGGUCGUCAUGUUAAGACGGGUCAGCUGGCAGCCAUAAAGGUCAUGGAUGUGACUGAGGAAGAGGAGGAGGAAAUUAAAGCUGAGAUUAACAUGCUGAAGAAGUACAGUCACCAUAGGAACAUCGCCACCUACUAUGGAGCCUUUGUGAAGAAAAGUCCACCCGGACACGACGACCAGCUCUGGUUGGUGAUGGAGUUUUGCGGCGCCGGCUCAGUUACAGACCUGGUGAAGAACACAAAGGGCAACUCUCUGAAAGAAGACUGGAUCGCUUACAUCUGCAGAGAAAUACUUCGAGGUCUGUCUCACCUUCAUGGUCAUAAAGUCAUCCACAGAGACAUCAAGGGGCAGAAUGUACUGCUUACAGAGAAUGCAGAGGUUAAACUUGUGGACUUUGGGGUGAGCGCACAGUUGGAUCGUACAGUCGGCAGGAGAAACACUUUCAUUGGCACUCCAUACUGGAUGGCCCCAGAAGUCAUUGCCUGUGAUGAGAAUCCCGACUCCACCUAUGAUUACAGGAGUGAUAUCUGGUCUCUGGGAAUCACCGCUAUAGAGAUGGCUGAAGGAGCACCUCCGUUGUGUGACAUGCAUCCCAUGCGAGCUUUGUUCCUUAUCCCACGGAACCCUCCUCCUAAACUGAAGUCCAAGAAAUGGUCUAAGAAGUUUAUUGAUUUCAUCGAGGGCUGUCUCGUGAAGUCAUAUCCCAGUCGUCCAUCCACAGAGCAGCUACUGAAGCACUCGUUCAUCAGAGACCAGCCCACUGAGAGACAAGUCCGCAUCCAGCUCAAAGAUCACAUCGACCGCACGCGUAAGAAACGCGGCGAAAAAGAGGAGACCGAGUAUGAGUACAGCGGUAGUGAUGAAGAGGAUGAGAACAGAGGAGAUGAGAGAGAAUCCAGCUCUAUUUUGAAUGUUCCUGGUGAGUCGACGUUGCGGAGGGAUUUCCUGCGGCUGCAGCAGGAGAAUAAGGAGCGCUCAGAGGCCUUAAAGAGACAGCAGGCACAGCUCGCCGCUCAGCGCAGAGACCCUGAGGAGCACAAACGCCAGCUGCUGCAUGACCGACAGAAACGGAUAGAGGAGCAGAAAGAACAGAGGCGUCGCUUGGAGGAGCAACAGAGGAAGGAGAGAGAGAUGGUGCGGCAGCAACAGGAUAAAGCUCCUCACCGUAGACUUGAUGACAUGAGACGAGAGGAGGACAGGAGGAUGGCAGAGAGAGAGCAGGAGUUUAUAAGACAUAAGUUGGAGGAAGAGCAGCGGCAGUUAGAGAUACUGCAGCAGCAAUUACUGCAGGAGCAGGCAUUGCUAAUGGAGUAUAAGCGUAAACAGCUGGAGGAGCAGAGACAGUCAGAGAGACUUCAGAGACAGCUGCAGCAGGAGCACGCAUACCUCGUCUCACUGCAGCAGCAGCAACAACAAGACAAGAAACCACAGAUGUACCACUACAGCAAGAACCUAGAGAACAACAAACCGGCCUGGGCUAGAGAGGUUGAGGAGCGCAGUAAACUGAACAGACAGGGCUCUCCCAAAAUCUGCACUACAGUUUCUGACACCAAUAUCCAGUCCCGUUCUGAAUCAAUCAGCCAAUCAGGAGCUGCACAGACCCCACCAAUGCAGAGACCAGUGGAACCACAGGGUGGGCAGGGAAAGUUCCAGAUGGCCCACCUGGUGCCGUUAAAACCGUAUGCUGCUCCUGUCCCUCGCUCUCAGUCACUUUGCGAUCAGCCCACUAAGACCAUGUCCGCCUUCCCCACCCAGGAUCCCUCUCCCACACCCACACCUCGUCCUCUACACUCCAGAGAACUAGUCCGUCAAAACUCUGACCCCACCUCAGAGACCCCUGCCCCUCAGUCUCGGCCAAUGAGGGACGACCGGGGACCCUGGAUCCGUCUUCCUGAGAUUGAGCAACCUCCUAAAAUUCCUCAGAGAACAGCCUCCAUAGCCACUGCACUGAACACAAAUCUCUCCUCCGGCAUCAGACACCCAGUUCGAGCAAGUAAUCCUGAUCUGAGUCGCAAUGAGCGCUGGGAGAGAGGAGAUAGCAUCAGCAUCAUGUCCAACCUGCCACAGACCGGCUCUCUAGAGAGACACCGCAUACUCAGCUCGUCCAAGAUGGAUUCCUCCCCCACCCUUUCUCAUGACAGCCGACACAAACCAGGGGAAUCCCGAACCUCAUCCAGACCCAGCAGACCAGCGAGCUAUAAGAGAGCAAUAGGAGAGGACCACGGUCUGUACUCUAAGGAGCGGGCAGAGGAGCAACCGCGGCCCCCGGUGAAGGCUAAUGACUACUCCUCUUCCUCAGAAAGCAGUGAGAGCAGUGAAGAGAGUGAGAGUGGAGAGGGAGCAGAAGAGGAAAGCCCUACUGACCGCCCACGUGAUGCAGAUUCUGACUCUGUGAACACUAUGGUGGUCCAUGAGGAGGAGGAAGGUGAAGGAGGAGAUGAAGAACGUGCCGGGGGGUAUGGAGACCAAACCAUGCUUGUACAGAGGACUCCAGAGAAGCGUAGUCAUAAUGGAUAUACCAACCUGCCUGAUGUGGUUCAGCCCUCCCACUCUCCCACAGACUCUGCCUCCCACUCUUCCCCUGGGAAAGACUCUGCCUAUGAUUAUCAGUCCAGGGGAUUGGUGAAGGCCUCUGGAAAGUCCUCUUUUACUACCUUUGUGGACCUUGGGAUGUACCAGCCAUCAGGGGGCACAGGCGAUAAUAUGUCUGUUGGAGGUCUGGGCUCUCGUUUUGAGCAGUUGAAGAUGGAGGUGAGGAAAGGCUCCAUGGUUAAUGUCAAUCCCACCAACACUCGUCCAGUUAGUGACACUCCUGAAAUCCGCAAAUACAAGAAGAGAUUCAACUCUGAGAUCCUCUGUGCUGCUCUCUGGGGUGUGAAUCUGCUGGUAGGGACAGAGAACGGUCUAAAGCUGCUGGAUCGGAGCGGCCAGGGGAAAGUUUAUUCACUUAUCAACUCGCGCAGGUUUCAGCAGAUGGAUGUUCUGGAGGGACUAAACCUCCUUAUCACUAUAUCAGGCAAGAAGAAUAAGGUGCGUGUGUAUUAUCUGGCCUGGCUGAGAAACAAAAUCCUCCAUAAUGACCCAGAGGUGGAGAAGAAACAGGGCUGGACCACUGUAGGGGAAAUGGAGGGCUGUGUGCACUACAAAGUUGUGAAAUAUGAAAGGAUUAAGUUUCUGGUUAUCGCUAUGAAGAAUGCAGUGGAGGUUUACGCCUGGGCUCCCAAACCUUACCACAAAUUCAUGGCCUUCAAGUCAUUUGGAGACCUGCCACAUAGGCCGCUGUUGGUUGACCUCACAGUGGAAGAGGGUCAGAGGUUAAAGGUCAUCUAUGGGUCAAGUGCUGGCUUCCAUGCCAUUGAUGUUGACUCUGGAAACAACUAUGACAUCUACAUUCCUGUACAUAUCCAGUCACAGGUGACUCCUCAUGCCAUCGUAUUCCUGCCCAAUUCAGAUGGGAUGGAGAUGCUGUUGUGUUAUGAGGAUGAAGGUGUUUAUGUCAACACAUAUGGACGUAUCAUUAAAGAUGUGGUGCUGCAGUGGGGAGAAAUGCCCACAUCUGUAGCCCACAUCUGCUCUAAUCAGAUUAUGGGCUGGGGAGAGAAAGCCAUUGAGAUCCGUUCUGUUGAGACGGGACACCUGGAUGGAGUCUUUAUGCACAAGAGAGCUCAGAGGCUCAAGUUCCUGUGUGAAAGAAACGACAAGGUGUUUUUUGCAUCAGUGCGCUCAGGUGGCAGCAGUCAAGUCUACUUUAUGACUCUCAACAGAAACUGCAUUAUGAACUGGUGAAAGAGCUGCCACAUGAACAUAGAUUCUGCUGUGUGCACACAUACAAACACUGAAGAGAUAGUCCUCACAGAUAACAACACCCACAUACACUCUGUAAAUACACACACACACUCCUGCACAAACCUCCAUAUAGAACACACACAGUUAUAUACUUCACAUCUUCCUGAAGACACUCCUUCAUUCUGCUGUGAUCUCUGAGCCAACUGUACAAGGCAUGCGUGCGUCUGCCAUGAGCACGCUGCUGACCUCUGACAGAGCAAUGUUGUGUUCAUCUGAUUCCACAUGGGUUAGCUUUCAGCUCACUGGGGCCAAUGUUCCUCACUGCUAAUGUUUCUGACCUUUUUAGGACCAGACAAAAAGACUAAUUGUACAUUAUUCUACUAGAAAUGUGUGUAAACUACGAGAAUCGUUCAAUUGUUGCUCGUCUUGUGACGCAGCAGCGGUGUGCGUGUGUUUGAGAGACUUUAUAAGCUACUUCAAGCAGCAGAAGCAACUUGAAACUGCAGUGGUGUGAAUGUGGUACUGCAACAUCUGUAAUUUUCCAUUUCCACUGUAUAGUGUAGUAGUCGUUUGUUCUUGGUUGCGUUCAGAGUUCCAGAUAAAAGUGAUAUAAUGUUUUCUUUCAACAAGUAGAAGUAUAGAAACUGAUUUAAAAAUAUAAGUUUUAACAUAUUCUGAGACGGCUUCCCUUCUGAGCAAAGGAAGGUUUUCGCUUUCUUGAUGUUUAAACAAUAAUCUGACGCCUGUGUCACCAAACUGGUUGUUCGACGGGAACUGUGGUGGCCGCUUACGGAGCAGGAUCCAGCGUUUUGCUUUUCCACUAGUCGCCCACAAUGGAGCAACAGUCUCUGGUUUUCGCUUUUCAAAGCACUUUUUUUCUUUCUAUGUGGGAAGUAUCAUCAUAUCUACUACAGUUUGAUAUUCUCCGUACGUAAGCGUAUUUGGUAUUACUCCGACUUUUAUUAUCUGCUGUUCUAUAGCUGUUCUAUUGCAAUACGUGCUGUGUGCUCGUUCUUGUUCGAAGUUUUACGAGGGAGUUUCUCUUGGGAUAUUUUGAUUUUAGACAGGAAGAUACAGUAAGCUACUCCGGAUAUGAUUGAAAGCGCAUUUUGGCAGCAUAAACGUAUAGUUCACAAUGUAAAUUGUAAAUAGCAGCCAUGAUCGUAUUUAGAUCUCAUUUGUAUUCAGUAGGCACAUGAUUUUUUCACUUGAGAGUGAUUUCAUAACGGAGUCAUGUGUUUGUGCUGUCAAAAUAGCUUGAUUGCUUAUGGGAGGUAUAGUUUUUUUUAGGCAGGCUUGUAGGUCAUCAGGGAUGUGUGCAUUUGAUCAGAUUUUUUUCUUUGAUAUUUGGACCCCACCAUUAGCAACACAAACAUAAUGUUUUAGAUGAAGACUUGGGUGGAUUGGAGCAAGAAUAUUCUUUUGUUUAUCUGACAGUGUGCCAAUGAGCUGCACGUGUGUGCGGGAGUGAGUAUCAGUGUGAAAUAUUAAUCAGUAACAUAUAAUUGGAUCAGUAUAAAGCAAUAGUUUAAGGAUGAAGGUUGACGGGUUUGUGCCUGGUGUUACUGUCUCCAGCUCUGCAAUACUAGACUAGAGAUUUUUCUCAAGCUUUUCACUCAUUUCCAUGCAGAUAAUCUACAUUUACCUAAAAAGAACACCUUCACAAUCUAGUCUUUUCUCUUUCCCUAUUUGAUGAAGAUGGUAUUAUACCAUUAUAUCACUUAAAUGCUGCCUUUACAAAUAAAAGUUUGUGUACACUAAUCACAGAAUAGAAUGUUUGGUGCACUCUGUCCCUCCUAAACAGUUUUCUAGUUAUUAACACUAAAUGAUUUUAGCACUGAUUUGUACAGUAGCUUGUGGCGGUACAAUCAUCAUCUAUUACCUAAUAGCCCCUCCCACUGGACAUAUUGCCUGCUGUCGCACAGUCUAGACAAAACUAAAUACAGAUAACACAUUCAGUAAGUCAUUAUUAAAAUAUGGCAGCACAACACUUCAGACAAAUAAUUAUAAAUAGUUGCAUUUCCGAGAGAGGCGUGGACUUGUAGAUCGAUUGUUCAUCAUCAGUUAGUGGGCAAAAUCAAACCGAACUUGAAAGCUACUGUGCCAUUAUGACAGAUUCACUCUCUCUGAGACUUACUUCGUUUGAGCCCCUCAUCCUUACUUACUUUCUCUUACUUGCUAUAGAACUUAAGCAUUUUCCUGCUUAGUAAAUCAAACUGCCAUGUUUACUGAAAUAACAGUGCCUUGGAUUGGGGUUGGGUGUAUUUGCUUGAUUGUGUGCAUGUGUGUGUGGGAGAGCGUUGAGCAUGUGAUUGUUUUAAUAAGAACUGAAGUUCAGGGAAGAGAAAAGUCCAGUGCGCAGUUAGGAGUCUUGUGCCAACAAAGUGCACUUAAACUGACAAUAGCCAGAGCACCAAAACAGGCUCUUCUCACUCUGUUUUAGCACAAAAGCCAUGCCAUAAUGAGUUAAUUCCUCCAGUUUGAAGGCAGUAUUUAGAUCUUUGCUUACCACCAUAUUACAGUCCAAACGCCCAACAGUUACAUAACAAGACGAGCAUGUUGUGGAGUGCGUGAUGGUGAUUCUUGUAGCUCGUAUAUAAGUGGCUAUAUCAUUUGGCCAAACAGGGAAAGCCUCUGGUUUUCAUGCUGGAGGUUCACGAAAGGUUCGGGUUGUCAUGGUGAGGAGCUGCUCGCAUGCGUGUGAUGUAACAGUCCCCAGCAUUCCCAAGAGCUCUUGGAAUUUGGUGCGAUUUUGCCUUUGCUUAAUAGUAAAUGUGUGUAACCGUGUUCACACUACUGGAUUGACAGAUUUUAUGUUUUUAUAGAAGAAUUAUGAUGUAAUGAAUAACGAAAUUAAAUGGUUUUGCAAAUUAGAUAAGGAGUUUAUAUUAAGAUUGCAAUGGCCUGUCGGGAUGGUGGAAAUGAAUGGAG